AUAAUAAAACAGACGAAGAAACGCUAAAGAAAGAACAAGGCGAAUCUACUACGUUAUCAGUUCAAAAAAUGGAAAUAGAAAUGUCAUUGAAAAAUCCGGGACAACCAGAGGAACAUACAGCAGAAGGGGUACGAUUACAAUUGGUAUUUCAUGAUUCUAGAGGAGAUGGUUAUACAGACGAUUUCAUAGUGGAUUUCCAUAGAGACAUUGCUAUUGACCUCACUACUAACAAUCACAAAAGGAAAGAAAUCCCAGCAUAUGAAGAUGAGGAGCUGACACCAGCUGAGGAUGACAAUAAUAAUAUUCCAAAAAAUGUCAAAAUUGAUCAACAUUUUGUACAUGAUACAGAUUUUGAACAGGAUGUGGAUAACAUGUAUUGUCAGGAGCUGUCUUUAGUUGAGACUUCGUUAAAUUUGGCUAUCGGAAAGCUUGCUAAAAGUAAAAGUGGCAUUGCGAGAUAUCGGAUUUUAUUUUUACCAGAAGAUAAUAUUUGUAGUCCAAUUAAAUUGAUAGUACUUUUAGAGAAAUAUAGCAAGUGUAUAAAAGAUGCCACCAUCAAAUGUUAUGUUGACUUAAAUAAAGUCGAAAGCAUCAUUUCUAAAAGCCCGUUUGAAGAUCAGCAUUUGUAUCUGUUCGAAAGAGACUAUCAUCUUCGAUGGGUACAAUCAACACCAUUCAGCCCUCUAUGUGAUCCGGAUGCAUCUGAAUAUGUGUAUAGAAGCCGGAUUAUAAAUUAUAUUUGGGAGGGACUUUUCUUUGAUGUAAAUGCCAUAGCCAUAAUGAAAACAGGUGAAGUUGAAAAUGCGGACCGAAAAAAACAACUGGACCUAUCAAGAAAUUUGGAUCAACGUAAAUCAACUCUUGGAACUUGGUAUCAUGAUGCUGUUCUAGUCAUGAAAGUUGGAAGCAAGUUAGUUCAAGUAGCAUUUGGGGAUGUAAUUGGAAAUGCUUUUAAACGUGAUGACAAAAAAUAUAAUGAUGAUAAAGAAAAAAUGCUUAAAGCUAUGCAAUUGGCUCUUUUUAACCUUCGAAAAUCAUUGCCUGAAAAGGCUCCAGGUCUCGAAGAUUUGGAAACUUUUGGAUUACUUGUAUAUAGAAAAGAAUUUUUUAUGUAUUCGAUGCAUUGGGUGGAUGGGAUAUAUCUCGUUGAUCAAUUUAAUGGAUUUACGAUCCCUGAUACACCACUGGAUCUAGAGAAUCUAUCCAAUAUCAUUCAAACAAUGAUCAAAUUUAAGGCUCAUAUGGGAUUUUUGUAUAAAUCGAAGAAAAAAUUUACACGUGAUGGGUCUCAACCUAUAAAUGAUUCUAUUGUCUACGCAUCUCCAUUAAAUAAAAUAAUAGUUCAUCAGAACGAUAAAGAUACUAUUGCUGAAAACACUGAACUUAAAGCUAGAGUUUCGAAGUUGGAACAGAAACAAUUGCAAAACGAUGAAAAGAGCAACCAUAUUGCUAAAUUGGAUGGGGAUACUAGAAAAAUCAACCAACCUUUGGAUAAUACUGCCUCUUGUGAAGCGAAUUCCGAUGAUACUCCUGAACAGAUAAACUUACAAUUGUGA